AUGUUUGUGUACAGUCGAAAAGAAGAUGGAUUUCAUAAUCUUCUCAAACACAUUCAUUAUCCCGGAUUGAAUCAAUAUGAACCUUACAAUUUCGAUUGGUUUGUUUAUCAACCAGGUCUUGAACCAUUUCUUACUUGGAUAGUCAACAAUCUCUCCGAAGACAAUUUCUUAUCCGAAGACGAAUUGAAUCGAUACGCGUUAUUAAGUAACGAAGUUAUCGAAAACAAUGAUGAACGGCAAAAACUUUUGGAUAUUCUCAUUUCAUUGGACAAUGGGAAAAUGGUCAUUCCAUGGACAAAUUAUCAACGGAAUCUAACUGAACAAUAUUCGUGUAUGAAAGCACAGAGCCAAGCAUUGAAAUGCCAAUUAAAUUGGAAACAGCAGCAGUAUAAAAGUUUGUUGAUGAAGGGACCGAAAGGGAAAGAAAAGAUUCGAGAAACUCGCCGACAGAUUGAACAGUUAUUACAACUUUCAUCACCACAGAAUCUUCUUCAAUCGACAACUAAUCCACAGAGUAUCCAAAACAUUGGAAUGAAUUUUCUUCAAAUGGAAAAGAAUUAUUUGUCUGCUCUUCAAAAUAUCUGGGUCGAUGAAAAUCUCUAUGAACCAAAUCCAAACAACGAUUUAAUCACUCAACUAAACAAUCGAACCGUUAAGCUCGUUCGAUUAGAAGUCGAAUCCGCUUUAGCAAGUGUCGAAUUCGAAACCCUCAAAUCCCAACUACAACUAUGUACUCAGUUAAAAAAGUAUUUCGAUUCAACGCCUAUCGACGAUCUCAAAAAACUCGCCGAUCGUCUCGCUUCCAAGUCUCAUCAGCACCACCAGCAACGCACACAAUAUGAAAAUCAAUUAUUAACUGUAUACACAUCACGCCAUGAACACGCGCUUGAAACGAUUUAUUUGAACAUUUUGGAAAAGCAAUACACCACCGAUCAUCGUCUCGCAUUGAAACAACAAAUGAUUCUCGAUAGUCUAAAUCAACACGUGCUUUUUUGUGGAUUAGUUGAUCAGUUACUCUCUCAUCGGUUGGCAUUGGUUAAUCGAACAAGUGAGCAGAUGACGAAGAUUUUGAAUUAUAUUCAAAUGAUUAUCGAAAAUUCGAAAUCGUCGUCGGAAGUUAAGAAGAUUCGAGAGGAAAAGGCGAAUGAACAUCUCGAAUUGAAGGUCUCGAAUCUGAUUGAACAAGUCAAACAGAUCGAAAGCGAAUUCUCGAAAAAUCACUCAAUCGUCGAUUCAUUUCUUGAGUAUGUCCAUCGGCAAAACGACGAUUUUCGACCUAAAGCAAAUGAUUUAGCCAAUGAACUUGAUAAUCUCAUUCAAACAAAAACAAAUCAAUGGAAAAAUCUCAAUAAUGAACAUAUUUCAUUUUAA